UAAAAAGUUAAAAACACCAAAUCACAAGGCAAAACAAAAAAAAACACACUAAUCAAGUUGACUCAUGACCGAGGCGUUGAACAGAGACUACCAAGUUUGUGAAGAGAUCGGCCGGGGACGAUUCGGCACCGUUUUUAGGUGUACCUCACGAAUCUCCGGCGAAUCCUUCGCCGUCAAAUCCAUCGACAAGAGUUUAAUCUCAGGCGACACGCUCGACUCCCAAUGUCUCUUAUCAGAGCCCAAAAUCCUCCAGUUCCUUGCUCCAGAUCAUCACAUCGUUCAAAUCUUCGCCGUUUAUGAAGACGAUUAUCACCUUCACAUGGUUCUCGAACUCUGCGAUUCACAAGAUCUGUAUCACCACUUAAUGAACAAAGGCAUUCUGUCAGAAUCCGAGUCCAAAUCUAUAAUCACUCAACUUCUUCAAGCCAUUUCUCACAUGCACAAGUUAGGGAUUGUUCAUCGCGAUAUAAAACCGGACAAUAUACUGUUUUCGUCCGGAAAUGUUGUGAAAAUUUCAGAUUUUGGAUCGGCUGAAUUUUUUAACAACGAGAGCGAGGAGCUGAUGAGAGGAGUGGUGGGGACACCGUACUACGUGGCGCCUGAGGUGGUGGCGGGAAGGGAUUAUAAUGAGAAAGUGGAUAUAUGGAGCGCCGGUGUUGUUUUGUACAUAAUGUUAGCGGGAUUUCCGCCGUUUUACGGGGAUACGGUUACGGAAACUUUCGAGGCCGUUUUGAGAGGGAAUCUCCGGUUUCCGACUCAGGUGUUUCAGUCGGUUUCACCUAUGGCUAAGGAUUUGCUAAGGAAAAUGCUUUGUAAGGAGGUUUCUAGACGAUUCUCCGCCGAACAAGUGCUCCGACAUCCAUGGAUAAUAAGUGGCGGAGCGAAUGAUUUAACUUGAAGAUAUGGGAGAAUACUAGGGCCAUGUAAAAGUAAAUAUUAAGGUUUUGGUAGUGUAUAAAUUUAAAGUUCUGUAGAGUUUUUUGCCGGUUGGGAGUGCUUUGUUGAUGUGUAUUGUUGUGUUCAGAUAUGAAUAUGAAUAUAACACGUUUGCGGUGUUGAAGUUUUUUUUAUUGGAAUUGGUAGUCUCCGGAAUCUUAUCCUAAUGUAUCC